AUGAAUACACUAUCCGCAAUCGGGGUCACUGCGCCAAACCUUACAGCUAACUCGGUUAUCCGCAGCAUGCAGUUCCACGAUCCCACCAACAACCUGAAUUUUCCCAUCCUCCCCUCUCCUUUUGAUCCAUCCCGACCUGAGAACAAGACAAUGAAGCAGUAUUAUAAAUGGUAUUUCUUGCAGCAUCUCUCUGUGUCACUGGGUAUGUGCAAGCAUGUGUACAAGGACUAUCAGAAGAGUAUCUGUGAUAAAGCCGCCACCACCAUUGUCACCUACCCACCUUACAAGUUGAUUCUGGUCACUAUUGCCAGCACCGUCAUUGCCAACUUAGAGCAUCCAAACCUCGUGAGUGAGGUGUUGUCCAGGAUUUAUUCUGGCGAUGGCGACUUGAGAAGUUCGUCUGGACACUGGCUCAAUUGUUUUGGAUUCUUCAUCCCCUCAACUGGGUAUUCUUUCAAAAAUACUUACAUACCACCACCCAACAAUGUGCCACUCACAUCCAUGCCACCAACUCUGUCAUCCCUGAUCUCGAGCACGUCUGUAGCAGCCUUUCCGUCUAUGACACCUGCUACCACUAGAGACCCACAUAACACCCGCCGUCAGGACCAGAUCACACAGUCUGACAGGGGGCUGAUUACGGCCACAGAUCCACAAACUGUUCCCCUGACCAAAGGUGCAGUGCAGAGGCCUACUAGUAAGCGGUGUGUGACUGGUUCAGAACAGCCUUCCACUAAAUGGCCCAAGCCUACGCCCGCUGCACAGGCAGAGCCAGACCCUGAUGGCGAGCCUGAGGUUAUACCGUCGGAGUCAGAGGAAGAAGAUGUCAAUGCAGAUGAUAGUCAGCCGCCUGAGGCCAAGUUGACUGGAUGCCAGCUCAGAACCGGUGCUUCAGUAUGA